AAAUAUGUAGAUAAAUAUUUAUAUUUGUCAUUUGUUUUCGUUGAGAUGUUGCAUGCUGCAAGGAAGAAUUUUGAAUGUAAUAAUUAUUUUAAGAACAGAUUUUAGUCUGUGAAUAAUUGAUAUUUGUAGGUGUCUGUAGUCAUCAGUAGCUGGUCAUGGGGGAUAUGCCAGGUGUUCGCACAAGGCUGCAAGAAAAACGCAUGACCUUAUCUGAUUUAUCACCCAAAAAAUCUUUACGGAACACUGAAAAAAUCAUUAAAAAUGAUCGAGUGUUGCGUAGAUCUCGUCAGUCCUCUUCUCCAAAGGCUAUUGGUAAAAAAAGUAAAAUAGAUGUUACUGCACAAAAUAAAAUAUCUGAAGUUGUGACAGAUAGCAGUAAUGAUACCUGUGAUGAAGAAAGCCAAGGAAACAAAUUUGUAAAAAGCAGCCCAAAUAAAACUGAUUUGAUUGAAAACAUCCGUAAGUCUCCUAGAGGAAAAACAAAAAGCCAACCGAAAAAAGAUAUAAUUCAUGGAUUUUCUUCAAAUGAAAAUCCUGUUCCAGCAAAGCCAAACACACCUUCUCGUUGCUCCGUGCGAUUGCUAAGGGCUAGGUUGAGUUUAUCAGAAAGUAAGAUAGAUAAAAAAAAUACAUCUGCAAAUAGAUCAUCACUGCAUACUGAUGGUUCAAGAAAAUUUUCUCAUACUAGUAUAAGCUCAAUGAAAGCCAAACCCAAUGAAAGGAAAAUGCCAAGGAAAUCUCAGAAAAGAAAGGUAAAUUAUACUUCUGACUCAGAUAGUUUUGAGAAGAGGUCUUCUGAAAAAGAAAAAACUUCACCCUACAAAAUUUCCUCAAGAAAAUCACCAAGAAAAAAUGACCUUGUACAACAAGACGAGAUUAAUUCAAGUAUUGGGCCUUCCAAUGAAAAACCUGUUGUGACAAGAAAAUUAUUUUAUGAAAAUUCUAAUGCUUCAGACAACAUGAGCAUUACAGUGAGAGAUGGCAAAGAAGAAACAUCAGAAAAGCUAACUACUGAUAUUACACCCACAGGAACAGUUAGAAGACAUCAGAAAAACCUCAACUAUUCUCAGAGUUCAGAUUCAGAGGAUGGGAGAAAUAGCCCACUAGACACUGCUACGUCAGUUGUGAAGUCGUCUACAGAAGAAAACAACUCCGUGACAGCAUCACAGAGGCUAUCUCCUGAUAGUACCUCUGUGGGUAAUACAGGAAGCUUGCAGUCUACUCCAUGUAAGAAAAAUAGUUCUGAAUAUGAAUAUUCUUCAGAAGGAACUUUUGAAGUAAUUACAGAAAAGGCCUCGGAAGAAAGCAAAAUUUCUCUGAGACUAAAUCAUGAGAAUUCUGAUACUCAAAAAAAUUUUGGCAAUGGAAACAAAUCUAAUAACCUAGAAAUAUCUGAUUUUGAUGAUGCAAUUAGUAAUGAAAAUCUUGUUUUAGGAUUAAAUAAUGCACCCAUGACAAAAUGCAAUAUCACAGAAGACAAAAAGUUAUGUUUAAAUGAGGAUAAAUCCAGUAUUCAAAAACAGGCCUCCUGUGAAAAAAAUGUUUCAGAGGUUAAUGAAAGUGAUGAGGAUGAAUUAACUUUGCAAUCUUUUAUCUCUACGCGUGGUGCUAACAAACUGGUUGAAACAAGUGCUUUUGAGAGUAUUGCGCCAGCAGAAAGUGGCCAUUCAAAAGAUAAAAUGGCUAAUGCUGACCAAGGUAUAUCUCAUUCUCCAAACAGUCCAUGUUUCACUCCAAAGAGUCCAUUACAGUCUUCAAAGAGUCCAUUACAGUCUUCAAAGAGUCCAUUACAGUCUUCAAAGAGUCCAUUACAGUCUUCAAAGAGUCCAUUACAGUCUUCAAAGAGUCCAUUACAGUCUUCAAGGAGUCCAUUACAGUCUUCAAAGAGUCCAUUACAGUCUUCAAAGAGUCCAUUACAGUCUUCAAAAAGUCCAUCCCCAUUUUCAAAGAGUCCAUUACAGUCUUCAAAGAGUCCAUCCCCAUUUUCAAAGAGUCCAUCCCCAUUUUCAAAGAGUCCAUCCCCAUCUUCACAGAGUCCAUCCCAGUCUUUAAAGAGUACAUCCCAGUCUUCAAAACCAGAGUCUUCAAAGAUUCCAUCCCAAUUUUCAAAGGGGCCAAAUAAAUCAGAUGAUUCUGCAUUGUAUGUAUCUUUGGAUACUGGAUUAGUAGUUGAACAUUGUAAUGAAAAAUCAUUUUUAAAAUCAGACAUUAGUUAUAAAUCUAAGUCUUCCCCUAUCCAGAGCUCUAACAAUGACCAUUUAGAAAAAAAUGAAGAUAAGAAUGAAGAAAGCAUCAGUCAGGAUGAUUCAGAUUUUGGUUGUGAAGUGAUGAGAAGAUUAAUUGAAAGAAAAUCAGUUGAUGAGACUGCCAAAGUGACAAACUAUGUCACUCUAGAUUCAGAUGAAAGUUCUGAAUUCACUGUCAUUGAGGUACAAACCCAGGAGAUUAAUCAUAAUAGGCUAGAAGCUGUGGCUGAAAGUGUAGAAAAUUAUAUAGAAAUAAAGGGCAUGUCUAAAGAAGCAGAGGAUGAGAGUACUGAAGAUGAAAGUGGGAAUGAGAAUGAAGAUGAUGGCAUUGAAAUUAUUGAUACAACUGUAAAAAACAACAGGGUAGAGAACAAAGAAGUAGAAGUGGAGCCAGUUAAAAAAUUUGAUGGUCCCUCAUUAUUAAAUAAAGUAUUGGAUGAUGCAAGUUUAAGUUUGCAUAAAGAAAAGAAGACAAAACAUAAGUUGCUUAUAAAGAAGUCUGUUUCACCAAAAUGUUCAAAUAAUAACUUUCAAAAUUCAUUAACAACUGGAAUUUUGGAAGCAAAAACUAAUAAAAUUUUGCCACAAAAUCAGAGUGAAAUUCAUAAAAACAUGAAAGAUAAUAAAACUAGUUGUACAUCUUCAGUUAGCACCACAAAAGAUUUAAAUAGUACCAAAAAAAUUUACAAAACAAAGAAUGUUGCCACAAAAUGUAAUUUGUCACAAAACUCUGAUCCAAAUUCUAAAGUGCAAAACUAUCUAGAUUCAUUCCACCAGCUAGCAAAGAAAUUAAAGAAAAAAAAAAAUAUUGCAGCCUCUAAUGUUUUGGAACCUAUUAUUGAUAUUUCUUCAUCUGAUAGGGAAGAGAUUGUUGAUUUGAACACAAUGCUAAAGCAUUCUGAUACGAACACUAUAAAAUCAAAAGUGAACAGCAAAUCGUCCGUAAGUGGCUCUAGAAAUUUACCAGAAAGUGUUAGUGCUAAAUCACAUAUUCAGGGUAAGCACGGUUUGGUCAGAACAGAAACAAAGUGUGUGGAAGACUUGGAGUCAGAUUCUGAUGCAGAAUCAAGGAAGAGGAUACAUCAGAAGGCAGAGAUGAUGAUUGCAGAGUACGUGGCAGAAUCCGCAGGGUCAAACUCGAAGCAUGCAACCAGUGACGAUGCAGAAGUCUUUGCCAGUCUGCCAGGGAACGUUGGCUUCACUGCUCUCGGCAGGCCUGACUUGCAGUCGCAAGGGAGAAUGGACAGCAGCUGGCAGCAGAAGCAACUUUUAAAAAAGCAGCGACGGAAACUUUUGGACCGGCUGAAGCAACAGAAGGAGGAGAAGCUCAACCGCCUGAAGGAGCGCGUAGCCAGCAAAGAGGACGCCUCCUGUAGCAGCUCUGAGAGCAGCGCAGAUGAGCGCGAGAGGAGAGACUCUGCACCACUCUUCCAGAACAGCUUCAUCGUGUCUGACAACAAGGUUGCAAGACAAGAUGGUGGCAAUUUCAAUGUUACCAAGAAGAAGAAGAAGAAGAAGAAUAAAAAGCAGAUGAAAAUUAACCAGCCUGUCAAUGUUGUAGAUGUCAUUAAACUCCAGUGCAGGGCCACAACACAGUGGAUCGUUGAAGACCUGGCGAAGAGCAGCAGCAAACUGAGGAGGCUGCCGGAGGACAUUCUGAGCCAGUUGGACGGUGGUCAGCCGAGGCAUUGCCUGCCUAAGGCGACCGCGGUCGUCAAGGACACGCACAAACAGACCAAGAGAAAACAUUGGAAGGACACAGGCCACAGUGUGGAUGGUUUCCACGUGACUACAGACGCCGACUUCAUUCCAUUGGAGACGGGCACGACCGUGCAGUUUGGGGUGAUGCCCCUCAACAAGAUGGGGAAGGCUGCACCGGCACUUGCAAAGGCGUCCGCCGACUUCCGCCAGAACAUGCUGUACGGCAGUCGUAUCCGGAGAGAGCCUGCCAAGACCUUGUUGGAUCGACAGUUGAAACUGAAAGCGGCCCAUAAGGACAGUCUUGUCAAACGAACUCACUAAUGAGGCUACACAGCAACCGGUAGACUAACAUUGUUGUAAAGGAAGUUAUUUAGAAAAUUCUAAUUGAAUUUAUGGCUGAAUCGGGCCUGUCAGAGUAGAGCAUGACUGUGAGUUUAAUUUUCACACAAUGUGUUGUGUUCAUGAAGAUUUUUCUGUGUGUACAACCAGAAAUUGUUUUGAUACUUUACUUUACCACCGUUUUUACUUCAUGGCCAAAUCACAGGUUAAAAUGUAAAUUAAUUUUUUCAUAGUGCAGUUAAUUAAAGUUUAAGUAAAGGUCAAUGCAAACAACAUAGGCUUAAUCCUUGCAAUAAGCCGCAAAAAUUAUUUACUGUUGGAAAUGUGUUAUUAUUGUCAUUUUGAAAUAAACAUUCAGAAUUUUAUAUGUUGAUGAUAA